AUGCAAUGCCUCCCUUUGCCUAAAGCUGUGAUCAGGAAAAUAGAUUCCAUUUGCCGUAGCUUUAUAUGGACCGGUAAGGAUUCUAUUAGCAGAAAAUGUCUCGUGGCUUGGAAUCGCACUUGCUGCCCGAUAGCUCAGGGUGGUUUAAAUCUGUUGAAUCUGCAGGUUUGGAACAAGGAUAAAAGUGUGAUGAAUUACGAAACCAAAGCUCACAACUCUUGGAUUAUGCGAGGUAUUUUGAAACAUCGAGAUAACAUGGGUGAAAUCCGGAAUGAUUGGGAUCAAAUCGUGAAUGCACAGGAGUUUAAAGUCUCAAUUCUUUAUAAAGGGAUGAUUGAUGAUGGCACAAGGGUUCAGUGGCGAAAUCUGGUGCAGUUCAACAAAGGGCGACCGCGUGCAGUGUUUUGUUUAUGGUAG